AUGGCCGUAGGAGCCCAGUGGCGGCUGGCCUGGUACCUAGGCGUGAUGGGGAAGGAUGAACUGAAGGAGUUCCAGCUUUGGCUGCCUGAGAAGCUGCUCUGCAAGCCCUCUCCCAGCGCCACCCUGGCUCAGCUGCAGAAGGCAGAUGGCAUGGAGGUGGCCUCAGGCCUGGUGGCUCAGUAUGGGGAGCAGCCGGCCUGGGACCUGGCCCUCCGCACCUGGGAGCAGAUGGGCCCGAGCGGGCUGUGCGCCCAGGCCGGGGCAGAGGCGGCCUUCAUGCCAGCGACUCGGGACCCCUCUCCUCGCCAAGUGCACUUCCAGGCCGCCCUGCGGUUCCCCCGGGGCCUGGGGAGUGCACCCAGCGUGCAGUCCCCCAGCGGGCCCACCUCCACCGACGUGCUGAGGUUCGUCCAGGACGCGGAGACGGGGUGUUGGAGACAGCCACCGGACACGUCUGGACACAGGCGGAACCGGAAGGCUGGCCGUGCCGGCCCCGGGGCCCCCCGCGGAUUCCACCCAGUCAUACAACUGCUGCUUCUCAAUCAACCUCACCCCAGACGCCAGGAGUCCCUAACCAAGGGGGACUGGCACCAAGGGGUGGUGGAGGAGCAAGGACAUUUGAUUGAGGUCAAAGACUUGUUUGGCCCAGGCCUGGGUGCCCAGGAAAAACCUCGAACUGUCAUACUGCAUGGGGUUGCUGGCAUCGGGAAGUCAAUGGUGGCCAGGCAGGUGAGGAGGGCCUGGGAGGAAGGCCGGCUCCACAGGGACCGCUUCGAGCAUGUCCUCUACUUCAGCUGCAGGGAGCUGGCCCAGUCCGAGACGAUGAGUCUCACAGAGCUCAUCACAAAGGGCCGGGCUGCCCCCGUGGUUCCCACUGAACAGAUCCUGUCUCAGCUGGGACAACUGCUCCUCAUCCUCGAUGACCUGGAUGAGCCGACCUGGGUCUUGAGGGCAGAAGCCGGUACACAUGCUCUGCUGGGCAGGUUGCUCAGGAAAACCAUACUCCCCGAGGCAUCUCUGCUGAUCACGGCGCGGACCACGGCAUUGCAAAAGUUCCUUCUCUCUGUGGAGCGGCCAUGGUGGAUGGAGGUCCUGGGGUUCUCCGAGUCCGGCCAGAAGGAGUAUUUCUACAAAUAUUUCAGGAGUGAAAGCCAAGCAGUCAGAGCCUUUAGCUCGGUUGAGUUAAACCGAGCACUGCUGACCAUGUGUCUCGUGCCCUUGGUGUCCUGGCUGGUCUGCACUUGCGUGAAGAAGCAGAUGGAGCGGGGAGACGAGCUCUCGCUGCCCCCCCCCCAGACUGCCAUGGCCCUCUGUCUGCACUACCUUUCCCAGGCUCUGCCAGCCCAGCCCCAUGGGACUCAGCUGAGGGGCCUCUGUGCUCCGGCUGCCGAGGGCAUCUGGCAGGGAAGGAGCCUGCUCAGUUGGGAGGAUCUCAGGAAGCAUGAGUUGGAGGAGGCCACCGUCUCCACUCUCUUAAACAUGGGCACUCUUCGAAAGCAUCCCUCCUCCCUGAGCUACCACUUUGCUCACCGGUACCUCCAAGAGUUCUUUGCAGCAGUGUCCUGCAUGCCGGGGGGCGAGGACGGGAAAAUCCACCCUCCCAACAGCACCAGAGAGCCGGAAAACCUGCUAAAGGCUGAGCAGGGGGAGCGACAGCUGGAGGCGGUCUUCCAAUGCCAGGUGCCUGGGGAGAGGAAACAGGGACUGUUGCGCUGGGUGGAGGCGGAGGUCUGCAGCCAGCUCCCCGUUCUACAGCAAUGCUCUCUGCCCAUGUUCCACUGCCUGUACAAGAUUCAGGACAAGGAUUUCCUGGCACACAUGAUGGCCCAUUUCCAUGGGGCGAGCAUGUGUGUCCACACUGGCCUGGAGCUCCUGGUGUCCACGUUCUGCAUUAAAUUCUGCAACGUGAAGAAGCUUCAGUUGAAUGCACACGGACGGCUCAGCGGGGUCCCAGUCACAGAUGCCUGCUGGCGGGUUCUCUUUUUCACUCUCUGGGCCACUGGAAACCUGAAGGACCUGGACCUGAGUGGAAACUGCCUGAGCCACUCCGCACUGCAGAGUCUGUGCGAGGCCCUGAGGUUCCCUGGCUGCCGCUUGGAGGCCCUGCGACUGGCUGGCUGUGGCGUCACGGCUGAGGGCUGCAGGGACCUCGCCUCGGCGCUGAGCUCCAACCAGACCCUGACCGAGCUGGAGCAGAGCUUCAACUCGCUCCUGGACACGGGAGCCAGGCACCUUUGCAAGGGGCUGAGACGGCCGGGCUGCAGGCUACGCUGGCUGUGGCUGGUCGGCUGCGGCCUCACGUCCAGUGGCUGCCCAGCCCUGGCCUCCUCGCUGGGUGCCAGCCCCAGCCUGAUGGAGCUCGAUCUGCAGCAGAAGGAGCUGCAGGACGUUGGCACGCGGCUACUCUGCUGGGGGCUCGGGCACCCUGCCUGCCAGCUCACACUCCUGUGGCUGGACCAGACCCAGCUGAGCGAGGAGGUGACCCAGAGGCUGAGGGCCCUGUAGGAGGAGAAGCCUCCGCUGCUCAUCUGCAGCAGACGGAAGCCAAGUGUGACAAUGGCUAACGAGGGCCCGAGCAAGCGAGAGAUGAGCAGCACGUCCUCACUCAAGCAGCAGGGACAAGAAUCGGAGGGACGCUCCCCUCAAGUAGCCCAGGUGGGACUCUUCCAUCUGCCUUCUCUGGGGGACCUGCACAUGGAGCCUCUGGGGACCGACGAUGACUGCUGGGGUCCCCUGGGGCCUGUGGCCACCGAGGUGGUUGACAAAGACAGAGGCCUGUACCAAGUUCGCUUGCCCGUGGCUGGCUCCUACCACUGGCCCAACACGGGUCUCCGUUUUGUGGUACGAGGGCCCGUGACCAUCGACGUUGAAUUCUGCGCCUGGGACCAGCUCCUGAGCGGGAUGGUCCCACAGCAGGCCUGGAUGGUGGCGGGGCCUCUGUUUGACAUCAAGGCCGAGCCAGGGGCCAUGGUGGCUGUGUACCUCCUCCACUUCGUGGACCUCCGAGGAGGCCAUGAGUUCCUUGAUGACAGCCUGAGUUGGAUCUGCUGCAACUGGCGGGGCCUGCCAGAUUCCCUGGGACCCCAAAAGUCCUAG